AUGGACCAAAAGAUGCCUCAAAGUCUGUUGAUGAUCUCGCAGGUGACCCCGGAGGAGUUGCGCAGAACUCAGAAUGUGGAUCUAAUAAUGGUCAAAGGUCUCUGGCAAGCUUUCCUCGUCUCGCGGCGUGCCAGCGAAUCCCAGGCAGACCGCAGAUUAGAAUAUCUCUUCUGGCGAAUCUGGAGUAGUGAAAGCCUGCUCACCGAGAUGAAGGUUGGGAGGUUGAACGAUCUUGUCUCUCGGAUUAUUCUUCCCACUGGCCAGACCGGGAAACCUCCGACCAAACAAGCCCGCAAGUCUCGAGCACAACCAGAAUACCACCCGAUUACUGGCUCUCCAUCCUACGCAGUAUCACAACCAGUAUCCCAACCAGAGAUGAAACCACAGCCAACUGAGGCUAAGGCCAUGCCUCAACCUAUCUUGAAGAAGUCAAGUGCCCCUCAAGGCGAAUCGAACAAGACCACGCGGCUGCUUCUUGAGCAGCCCGAUGGUGGGAGUAUCACCCGCAACCCAUCCCACUCCCCAACUCUCAGCUUAAAUGAGAAUGAGAAUGAGCCGCAGCCAAGGGAGUAUACACCAGGUCGACAAGCUCCGAAGAAAUCUCAGUUCGCCUCGGGAAUACGAUCCGGGCGCCGUCGCCCUCUUUUCAACCGUCGCAAGUCAUCGCAGGUUUCUGUGACGAAACCGACGGCCAGUCCAUCCAGCGAGCAACAGCCACCGCCACAGCCGCAGAAAACUCAACCUCUUCGACAUCCACCGGCCGAUCCUCUUGAAUCCAUGAGCUCCUUUGAGCUGGUCUUCGACCCUGAUUACGUCCCACCCAUUCAAGACUCACCUCCAGCCACAACCCCAACUCACACCCAGGAAAACAUCGAGCUCGCCAAGAUCAAAGAAGCUCUAGCCGAUAUCGGUAGCAUCGAGAUCCCUCGACUAUCCUCGAGCAAGACGGCAACGGCCACAACGACAGCAGCAGCAACCUCGAACGUAUCCGAAGCUGACACCCUUCUCUCCCAAGGACUAGAGACGGUUAGUCAUGAACCCCAGGAAACCCACUUCCAGACAGGAGACCAUGAAAAGCAGCGCGCUGAAUCUCAGGACCCUAGCCUAUUCUCUAACGGAAUCGCCCAACUCUUCGACUCAUACCCAGUGCCCGGAUUCCCGGGCCUUCUACGAAUCCCGAUGCCUGAGAAGAUGGAAAACACCCUCCUCGGCAUUCUCAACGACGACAGUCCCCUCGACGGCCUGAUUCCCCUCCCAACCAGGCCAUGGUGGAUGUGCGAGCAUGCAUGGAGCCCAGUCCCUCGCAAGGAGUAUCUCAAAGAAUGGAUGUUGGUAAGCGAAGAAUGGGACAAACAGCCAACUACUACGCCACUCAGCCAUCCAGAGUUUCGAACCAGGUUUGUUGAAGCGGUUGCCGCUGCCAGAGCCGAAGAGGAAGCGGCAAUUGCAUUUCUGAAUGAGGUCCGGGUGCCUACUCUCAAUGGCCGGGCCAGCCGAACUGAUAACGAAAGCGAAAAGUCCACCAGUUACUUCUCUGGAAUUUCUCAUAUGGUGGGAAAUGAGUCCCAAGAGAGCCGCUCAGCGCGGGCGGAGGAUCUGGAAUGGGAGCGCAAGGAAGAACAGCCCGAUCAUCAGGAGAAACAAAAGGUUGUCUGGCAUGGAACUGGGAGUGAUUGCAUCUUCGAGAAAUCUCCUUUUGCCAUUGCCCUGGAGCAAUCGGCUCAUUCCCUUGAUCCGCCUUCCUGGUAG